AUGGCCGCGACUGACUGUUGUUCUCAGCUUCGUCAACUGGUCCAGGAGCUGUACAUCUUUCGCGAUACCUACCUUUGUACCACUCUUGAUGGUAACCUCUUCACUGGCAAGGAGUCGGAUGUUGUCAAGAUCUUUCAGCCCCAAAACGCCGAUCUUCAGCAACGUCUAACUGAGUUGAUUCGUAAUGUUGCCCAAGCAUUCAACUCCAAACCUGACCUUAUUCAGAAGCGGUUGGAUGAGGUUCUCCGUGCCGUUGAUCAGUGCGAAUCUAGUCUGACAUCUGCCGAAUGCUCUGAUCUUGCACAGCUAUAUUACCUGCGAGGAAGGGUAGGGUUUCUGGCAGUCUUUUUAAUGCUAACUUUUUUCCGCAUUCUCCUGAAAAGGGAAUCUCAGAGGAUUUUUAAGUAUCUUGUCCUCUUUUCUGGAUUCAAAGUUAGAUAGGGGUGCGGUCCUCCAUUUUAGCAAUUUUUUAAUAAAACAUAAUGCGUGGCAUAUUGUCUGUUUAAACACAAUCACUGGCGACAGGUGCUUUGAUACGACCAAGUAAGUGCUCACCUAUGAAAGUGCUCGGGGUCAGAAAUGUCAUUAACUGCGGUUGAGGCCUUUUGUCACUGAUUUGAGCAAGUACCUCAGGCAUCUAACAACUUGCCUCACCACAAAGAAAUCGAUAACUCGUUUGUUACCUAUGUAUCCUUUUUCUUGCGUUGCCUACGAUGGCAGUCGCCACUGUCUCUUGAGUUAUGGUGAGCACAAAUUAAUGGUCUCCAGUCGGUUUUAUUUUAUUACUACACUAUGUGCACCCAGAGACGAACUUUAUUGCGAACCAUCGGCCUUGACAUAUGUUGUAAUCAAAACGGCUGCAAGCACUCAAAACCGGAUAGAGGGAUCAGGAUGGAAGGGCCUUAUUCAUCUUAAAAUUCAUGUGCCGAAACUAAAAUGAGAAUCAGAACAGCGGCUAGUGAGGUAGAAUUUAUUCAGGGCGAUAAGUUAACUCGACAUCCUCUCCGGCCAACAAAUAGAAAGAUCGGAGUAUCGAAAAAUCUGUUGUAGAGGUUUUAAUAAAGCAAUUUUGGAGAUUUUAUUCGGAGGUAGUAUUAAUGAAGGCCCUGUUGUUGCUUAAUCCAUGUUUCCAGGUUGUGCAUUUUGUCAACGUCAUCACUGCAUGUACCAACAGGCGUUGUAGCAUUCUGCUUGUAGGCUGAACCAGUUUCAUUUCCCUGCCCAUUUUUAGUGAGCAAUCAGGGGAAAUCUGAGUGGGGUCUUUCAUCUAAGGUGUGACCGUCCCCUGAUGGCAACCAUCGGACGUUUUCUCCCCAGGGAGCAAGCAGUCGAAUGAAUACACUUUCUCCUUUGCCCUUAGGGAAACGUGUGUGAGCAUAUAGGUCGAGGGGUUUCAGUACUUGGCCUUCGAUUGUAUUUAAACAGUGAUGUUUUGCAAGCCGUUACUCCCGUUUCAUGGGCGAACUCCUGAACGUCGCUUGACAUAAAUGAUAGUGUGUACGCAGGAAGGGGUACCAUAUAUGGAGAAGAGCUGGUAUGUGCAUUUAAUGAUUGUUUUACCAGGCAGAUGCAAAUUGAAACGGGAAUAUUCAUCAAUAAUCGUCAGCAGACAACGAUUGCGGGAGAUGGAGCUUUGAAGUCGAUUGACCAUCAUUCAUACGAUUAAGUACCUAUGAGAAAUUGGCCUUGUGCUUGAGAGAAUUUUGAUUCCACAGCGGGUUUCAUAUUUGGCAACAACAUUGCGGAUCUCUUUCAUCCAAAAGGGGAGAUUUCUGGCUCAAACAAAAGGCGAUAGCCGAGAGACACCUGAAUGGCGAAAGGUUUCAUGUAGUUCUUUCGGUUUCGAGAGUUAAUGGGGCGUUAUAUUGAACGGUGCUUGUUGUCGCUUUCGCAGGCUUCUUCAAAUUCGUCUACUAAUUUUGUUGAUAUCGAACAAUUUUAUUGUGAAUAAGCGGCCAAUUUUAUCCGAGAAAUGGUGUAUUCACUGUGAAUAGCAGGCGUACAACCCCAUUGUCCGUUGUUUUGACUUGAAGUCAUGCGAUGAAGCUAUCUCACGUAAUGAACAUGGGCAAUCCGGAUCUGUUGUAAUGUAGCCCCUCGAUGAUUCUUAAACAAGUAGCUUAAUUUGCUUAGCAGCGACGGCAUGCUAUGUUUCAUUGGGAUCCAGUCGGUAUCUUUCAGCCACCUUUUAGAAUCUUCGAAGGUCUUAGUUACGAUCCGCAAGGCCGUUUCCACAAAUACGGAUACUUUAUACCUAGACAAAAAUGUGCUUCAGGUGCCCGCGUGUAAUUUUGCCGUCCGUAGGUCGUUGAAAACAUGCAAAGUUGUUGGUCGUGCGAAGAGCAUUCGGCAAAAUUGAUACCAACGUCCUCAGUUUUCGGCCAAAAAUCGUGAUACUGCUCUAUUGUACUUAGCUUUAAAUUGUGUCGCAUACUAUCUUCUAGACGCCCUUUAUUCAUAUUUCUUACUUGAGGGAAUAUGUUGUGCGUUGUGGACGUGAAUUUCGACGCAUACUGUAGCUUCUGCCAGUUUGUCCUGGAACACAUGAUUUUUUAGGGAGUCUUACGCGUGCAUCAUCACUAAUUCUAUUCCUUUUCGAUGCACUUUCCUCUUUUCGUCUACCCCGUCCACUUUAGGCCUUGAAUGUUCUUUCUGCGGAGGAGGAGACUCCCACCGGCCAAUCGCAGGCCAGGUCCAACCUACUCAAAUCUCUUAAGCUCGAUCCCAACCUAAGUGAUGCCUGGUGCGAGCUGGCCGAAGUCAGUUGGAUGGAAGGGGACCCGGAGAGCGCCAUUGGGCCCUUGAGGUCGGCUCUUAAGCAUAAUGUGAGUCCGCCCCUGAUUUAUCUGUUUUUUUUUUCAGCGUUGAAUAUAAAAGACUGCCUAGAACACGGGCAACGUAUUUCCCGACUGAUUUAUGUUACUAGCGAAGAGAAGGGAAGCUGAAAUGGUUAUUCCUGACUUCUCUGCCGUCAUCCGCCAAUCAUAUCUCAACGUCGGCCUGCGAAGAGCUGAGAUUUUGGCCCAUGUCAGUUGACCACUGGGUGUUUGAGUCAAAUGUACCGGUUAAGCCAGCGUCCGACGAUCUGUGGGCUACAAUCGGAAAUAUUCAAGCUCACAUGGAAGCGGCUUUUAGUGAUGAUAUGCGUGGGAUUUGGUUUUACCUGGAAAUCCUAUUGGCUACCGACCGCAGAGUGGCGACCGAAUUGGAAAUGGGAUCGCCCCUAUUCUCUCCUGCAGUGCGAUCAGAUCGAUGAGCGCGAUUCUCGUAUUAGUUUGGUUUAUCUUCUCAUUGUUGCGUCUUCAACGUCUGAGAUGCGGGGACACCGUCUUUCGAAUUGUUUCCAGCGGUUUAACUACCUGCAGGACAAACUUAUGCGGCCCCUUGUGUGUACACUUUCAGUUGAUUAUUAGGACUGUUGGGUUGAGCUAAUUGGGUCUGCAUAUUGACACUUAUGUGGUCAAAUCCACUCUCCGCGAAGAAUCAAACCGAGUGAGCGGCAUUUAUAGAACGAUCUUGUCAGAACGGUGUCGCUUUGCAUGCAAGGUCUCCCCAGCACUGCAGCUUUUACCUUCAAAAGUCGGACAACACUCCCGUCGGUCUGAUUCCCUAGUCCUCGCACUCAUCCUCACGGUCCUAUGUUUGUGGUGAUUUCCCACGGGCAAAACGAAGUAUUGCCACCUGUCUGUGCCCAACCCCUUGGUUGUUGUUUCUAAUGCGUUUUGGAUGAGACCUCCAAAAGUUUUUCUCUGCUAAUCAGAUAAAAUAGUGUUAUUCAAGUUAGGCUAGUCUAACAUUUCAUGCCCAAAUCCACUAACUUUGACGCUGACAAAUGGUUCAGGGCCAAUGAAAUGCCUACGUUACUCCUGCCUCUGCCUACUCCGUGCUCCGCCUUUAAUCAAAAGCCAGACUAAAAAAAAUUACUCUUUGCCUGCACCGUUUAUUCGCCUGCCGUAAUGGGCAACGAUCAUUAUUGUCAGACUGCGUUUGAGUGCGGAGUGGCGUGGUUCGAUGGUAGGCUGCUCAGCGUGUUUGAAAUUGCCCGACACCCCCAAUCCAGGCGUGUCGCUGUUGGGCAGUCAGUCAUCGCUGGGCAUGGCACAGCUUGUGUUUAGGUAAGUUUCGCAACUGCAACGUCGACCUCCAAAUUCACCGUACUUCAUGUUAAAUCCGCAGGAGUAAUCGGGCUGACGUGGUUUGACCGUCGAGCUCUGUGAGUUGACGUUGGAUGACUUCUAUGGGGUAAGAUUCCUAGGAGCCGUCAUAUCUGUCUUGGCCCAAAGGGCAGUCAUUUGUUUAAAGGUGAACAUUGAGGUAUCCAGCCCUAUCACCUAGCCUAGACAGUACGUCUGGUGUGAGCGAGGUUGGUUGACGUUAGCGCUGUCCCAGGAAUCAGCAUCGAAGUAAUUGCUGCUUUGUGUGCGAUCGUUGGAUCAAUGUUAAGUCGAAAUCCGGCAUAUUACUCGCAAGCCCCCAACAGGCAGUCAACAGUAUCCGUACGUUGAAGAAUUUAACAUUCUGAUAUCUCGGUGUGAGGCCCACUUAUGAGUCCUAACUUUCACAGUUGCAUCGCGCGCCGACGCAAAAUCGCCAAAACAUGCGUCUGGGCUUUCUGUUAGUACUUCUGUCGCCAGCCUAGUGAACCAUUUAGCCUUUACAUAUUACAGCCUGUUUGUUGGCAGCUUCUAGAUAUAGUGGGCGUUUAUUCCGCAGAAAGUGAUGGAUUUUAGAUCAGACAUUCAUGUCAACCUUUGAACCGCAUCAGAAAGCAUUUGUUCCAACGGGCUUGCUGUGAGUUAGCGAAUUAAUUUCUGUGAGGAUUAAAAAACCGCAGCAUUAAAAACUGAGGUAUGUACUAGAAAGCACAUGGGAAGCAUUUACUCCAAGUUCGUGCAUUAAUUUCCUCGAGACAGAGUGAAGCUGGAGUUCAUAUACCAGAAAACACCCGGGGAAGGCUGGGAGACCCACUGAUGAGCCGAACCCCCACGCAGCUGCGUCAUGCAGCAACACAGGACCGGCGAAACACGCAUGUCUGGGCUUUUAACUAGUGUCUACGCUGUCAGUACUGGCAUCAUCCAGCAUUUGCUAAAUCUGCAUUAGUAGUGAGCACAUGAGGAAAGGACUGGGACACGGAUAGCUUUAUUUAUCUUUGUAAGCUUCCUUUUGGCCACAGGACCCGAAGCGUCGCCUCAACGGGCGUUCUGUCGUGGAAUAUCAUGGGAGAGACGCAACUAGAAUGAGUCACAUGGAACUUAAGUCCAUGUUUGUUGUUAGCUUUGAAGAUUGCGAAUUUGCUGUUUUCGUCCGCUCAAUAUGCAACCAAAAGCGUCUUUAGGCCUCUGUUGGGGUACACUACACUGUUACACUGGUUUCAUUUUCAAAGCUCAUUAGAGUGUGUGCUUUACAAGUGAGCGAUGUCAUGAAGGAAAAUGAGCAGAUCUAUGUAGGGAUUCCGGACACGUGACAUAUUGGGUUGUCUACUCAAGGUUGUUUCGAGACGUGCACUUCCCCACUGCCGUUUCAGGUAUUCCCAACCUCGACCGAUUAUGGUGCCAGCACAUAGGAAUUAGCAAAUCUGAUUACUGUCCGCCAAGCAUUUGUCCUCGGGGGGAAUUUAGCAUGGGAUUCCUGACAACAUCUGAGCCAUGAGAUUCUUUGUACGCACUUACAGUACAUAAUUUUGGUAAGAUCGCCGUUGGUAGCCAGGCAUUAUACGGUGAUACUGUCGACGUACGUACUUUUAAUCAGUAGGUGUGCUUGCCUUGUCUAGGCAAAUUGUUGUCAGUAGGUGUGGUCUUAUUGAGUUAGGCAGGUCGCCCGUUUCGCUCAGGCUGUUGGGUUUAGUGAGGGUUAGGGCUAGGCGUAGGUUAAGUUUUAGAAUUAGGGUUUGCGUUUUAGGGUCAGGUUUCAGUGUUAGGGUUAGGGUUUAGGUUCCCGUUAGGCUUAUGACAAGGUUUUGGGUUAGCGUUGGGUUUUAGUAUUUUGAUUACGUUUCGGUUUCGAGGCUUAGUGUUAGGCUUUACGGUUGCUGUCAGGGUUGGAUUUUAGGGUUAAGCGUAGGGUUUAGAUUUCUGCCAUUAUUCCACCUACUUAAAACUUCCCAGCACUUUCCCUGGUAACUUUACUUUUACCCGGAAUCUCCAGCAUUCUUUUACCAGUCCUUUCAUUUAACCCACCCAUAUAACCCCCUUUCCCACCAUUCCCGUACGACAGGGACCUGCCUUUCCGCCUUCCCAUUCCUGGCUACCAACUGCGAUCUAACUCAUAUUUUUAUCACAAUUUCAUUUCGCAUUCAUGGGAAAUCUCCGUAGAGCAAGAGUAUCUUAUAUCAGGACACUAAGGUCAUUUUACUUAUGUCAUUAUCGUUUCUUCUUGUUCUUUGUCUCGAAUGUGAUCGCAAUGCUAGUGAAGGUGGUGGUGACCUUUUUUGCAGAGACAUGUUUCCUUGCUUUAAAAGCUGCCCGGAUAACUGUAGCAAUUCAGCCCGGUAGGCAUCUUUUGCCGAAGGGAAAUUUUCGCAGUUGACACUGUUGGCGUUUUUAUAUUUCCUCUUUCUCUCAGCCUCAAAUUCUUAGGUGAAUGCCGAGCUCCGGUGUUAGUCUUCAGAUCUGAACUAACGGCCACUCAUCUGGCUCACUUGCUCUAAAACGUGCCUCCCAAACGGGCCACGUGGUAGAUGCACUGGGCCAACACGAGGGCCAUAGCGGAUCCUAGCAGGCGUUAUCGGAUUGCGCACCAUAACAAAUGCCAACAUUUCGGGGGUGCGUUUGCAGCCUAGGUUACUAGCAGACGUCGCGCACACUGGGACCCCUGCUGCCCCCCCCCCCUUCCCACCAUCGUUGCUGUUGGUCAAAAACCUGGUCAUUUACGUGCAGUGUGGACCACGGGGUGCGGCGUUGAGCGCCAAGGUGUGAACUCAAUCGUGCCAUCCACCUGCGCCAUCCUCCGCCUCCGGUCUUCUUGACUCUAUCUUGACGCCAAGCUCAGGUGGGCAGUGACGUAGAUGCUGUGCAGGUCUGCUAUGACCAUAAACUUAUUCACGCACAAGUCACCGUCCCCACUCCAUCUUGCUGUGGAGGAUAUCGUCGGGCACGACGGUUCAACUGUCCAUGCAAAUGGUUAAAAUAGCAAAAACUUUUACAUGGGAGGCUGUGAUGACAAUUUCCGACGUGUUCUCCGUCACCAGCCAACCUUAUCACAUGGAACCUGAGAUCUGACAGGCUCCAGGCUGUAAUCGCGCCGUAUUUCACUGUACAAUCCGGAAUGACUUUUCCCAGCAAGUCCCACGACCGCAAGUCUGCUAACCGAUUCUGCCAUUCAAUUACUUCCAAGUCACUGCGGUGAGUGAAUGUGCAUGGGCGGUGUGUGGGCAGUUGAAGCGGUUGCAGUAGGUGUAUGUGGUGUCUCCUGGCACCGGUUCGUCAGUUCCCAUGCUGUGGAUUCGCGAGUAAUCGACCAGACCAAUGCGUUCUGUACAUGCGCGGUAGUGGCAAGUGCAGGACAGGUUCGGGGAUGCAGAAUCGAUUGGGACGGUGAGACUAUUAGCUGUGGCCGUUCUGGUGGAUGGCGAGUUGUUAGGGCUGAAUACAGGGAAGUUGUAACAUAUGUAGUGUGGGUUGGGAACCUGUAUAUUCCGGUGAGUUUGGCUUUCGUGGAUGCGCAUGUGAUCGAAUAGGCCCAUGAUGUGAGUGCAUGUGCAUAUGUAGUGCAGGUAGUGGGUGCGGAUGUAUGUCGGGGCUCCGGGCACUGGCGCACCGGUCACAGUGCGAUGGGCCCGCAAGUGGCCGACGAGGCCGCUGCAUAAGCCAGAUGUCCGCAUGAAUCGUACUCUUUUUUUAUCCUUUCUUCUCAUUGAUGUCAAGCGUCAGCGUCAUUCGGAACAUGGAAGCUUCAAUGAUCUCAUGCCUUCUUUCUUGUUUAACUCUGUUGACAUAAGUAGUUACCUCUUUUUAUUUUGAGGCAUUUCUGCAGUGUUUAAUCGGCAUUCUUGUACCGGCCCAUUCACCACUGACCCAGCUUUUUGUUACUUACAGCCUAGACACUCUGAGUCGCUGUGGAGGUUAUCUAUGCUUCUUAGACAGCUUCAUGGUGAGGAUAACAGCAAGGCCAAAGAGGCCCUUCUUGCGCCCUCACCGGACGCUGCCGAUGUCUUGAACCUGUUACCACCACUGGACAUAUGCGACACUGCCUCCUCCUCCUCCUCCUCCUCCACUGAUGACGCCAGCAAGGCGUCCACCACCUCCCUCCUCCUCUCCGUCCGCCUAGCUCAUGCCGCCGUCAAGGCCGCCCCGACUAACGGGCGCGCCUGGGAGUGUCUAGGCAAUGCCCUGCUCACAACCUUCCUCACUGGCAGUCCAAGUUCGGAUGCCCUGGUCAAUCGUUGUCUAGCCGCCUUCGCUCAGGCCGCCAGAGAUCCGUGCGUUGCCAUGGCACCACACUUCCACUACAACAGAGGCGUGGCCUGGCACUAUCAGGUUGUGUGUUUAUGCAUCGUGCUGUGUUAACUUUGAGGACACUGUAAUUGGCAAACAUUGCUGUUACUCUCCCUCUCCCUCUCUCUCUCUCUCUCUCUCUCUCUCUCUCUCUCUCUCUCUCUCUCUCUCUCUCUCUUCCUGCAGGCUUUUAUUGGUGCGACUGUGGUGAAUUUUAAGGGCCUCAGUAAAGAUUUGAGUAUAAUGCAAUCGCGCCUCCGACACUGUUGUAGCUUGCUUUUACUCAAAGCAGACCAGUGAAGCCGUGGCUCCCCGUUCGGUGGUUUCAUCGGCUGGUCUAAAUGAAGAAUGGGUCCUGGACUCGAACAUAGAUGCCUUCAUCCAACCAACCGGCACCCCUUUUUCGGAUUCCAGGAUUGUGCCGGACGACGGAAAAUUAGGCCUUAUUGGAUGGUCAGCAACAUUUGAUACUGCAAUGGCUCGCGAUGGUUUCGUAGGUGACUUAUUCGCCAGAUCGCUACCUUUCCACGUCUGAAAGUAUUGCCAAUACUGCUUAUUUGUCAAGUCUGAAAGCCUGCGUGGCUAGUCUUAAUUGAAGGUUGUCCCUUCAUCUACUACCCAUGGACCGAACUCUGCUGGCUGCUUGAUGAAGCCAAUACCGGCAGAACGUGGCUUUUGGAUUAGAGAUUCCCUUUGUUGUGGAGAGAGAGGAAAGAGAGAGCGCGCGCCAUCUCCGUCGUUAUCGCGUCAAACAACCAAAACGAAGAUGAUUGUCCUGGUCUGUCUCGCUAGCUGAGCCGCCGCCCCCAUGGCAAGUGUAUCUGGCCAGACUGUUUAACAAGCCACCUUCGUAUACCCUUCAGGAAAGCCCUCGUCACGUCUGUUGUCUCCAUGAGCCUCCACGUUUCCAUAUUCGCGGCCACCUCUGUGGUACUGUGAGCAGUACUUCUGUUUUGAUGGAUGAGACACGACCGCUGAGACAAGAGCUUUUAUUAGCCUGACGUUUCGGAUUCCUGCUCGAACCCAUCAUCAGAGACAAAACAGAUACGGGUCUCUGAUGAUGGGUUCGAGCAGGAAUCCGAAACGUCAGGCUAAUAAAUUUUUUGUCCCAGCGAUCGUGUCUCCUUCUUCGAGACUGCUUCCUGGGACUCGUCUCUUCGCUUUUAUUGGCAGUACUUCUGUUCUUCAAAAUUACUAGGGUACCAAUUUAUGUCUAUAAGGACUAUCCCCGCGUGGUCUCCGAAUGUUUUGAAAUUCCUAGUGCUUGUGAUGGACUUAAACGGGUUCCUGUUGACCAAUUGGAGACCACGCCUUCAGAUGCACUCGCCUGCACAACCUUUGUCCGACUUAUUUCCUCCCGAGAUUGGGCGUGUAGUGCGAUUAAACAUGCAGUUAUCGGCCUGUUUACUUUCAUCGGGCAAAAAGCUCUGAAUGUGUUGGUAGGGUUAGCUAUACUGUGACCGCCUACCACGUCGAAUAAGAACCAAGCGAUUAUAAACUGCGGUUGGGAAGUGCAAAGACUCGGAUGGCAGCUAUGUUCGGCUUAUUUACGCCCUAUUCAAUCAUAAUCAUCGCCGAUUGUUGGUGUGACUUGACUUUCUGUCGGCUUUUUGUUGAAGUUUCUGCACCUUCAGUGAUGCAUGAACGCACUUUCUCCCCGAAAGCCCACUAGAUCAACAUCCCUUUUUAGGGGGCCUAAAGUUCGUCUGCCUAUGCCGCACUUUCUGCUUUGGGUAGAUAUUACUGCUGGAAAGAUUAUGGUAUCGUCAUAAUUCCCUGAGACCGAGGCGAAUAACGAGAUCGCGUUCCGAGAUGUCCUUCUGCGCAGACAAGAGGAUGGAUCCAUCCAACGCAAGAUAUUCAGGAAGAAAACCUGGACGGGACAAUACACUAAUUUUCACAGUUUUGUUCCCUUAAAUCCUAAACGAAAUUUAGUCCAGGGACUGGCUGCUAGAGUGCGAUGCAUCUGCUCCCUGAAAGUGUUGAAGCAGAACUCCAGCAGCUGCAAAACGCACUCCGCGAAAACGGCUAUCCAGAGCGAUUCAUCUUCCGGAAGAGCGUGUCACAGAACCUGCCGUUGCAACUGCAGAGAAGAAAGACUUAUUUCUAAGACUGUCUUUUCUAGGAGACGCCGCAAGCGAAUUAGUGAGACGACGUCUUAGUACAGCUCUCGCGAGUGCCUUCUUCGGAGCGAAUUUGCGCGCAUUCUUCGCAAACUCCACUCUACUACGGUUCGGGAGCAAAGACCGGCUGCCGUUACAGGCCACAUCCAUGUGUAUUUAUUUAUUCACCUGCUCCUGUGGAGCGGGAUAUAUUGGCCGUACAACGAGGCGUCAGGAAAAGAGAAUACGCGAACACAUGUCUGCCUGGCCAGAUAGAAGUGAAAAUCGGUCGAUUUCGAGUUCAAUUCUCGCACAUCUGAUCUAUACGAACCACCAUGCCGACGCUAAAUAAGCCAUUAAAGUUAUCUACCGGGCACCGGCACACUACUCUAUAGGCCUGCGCAAACGGGUGCUAGUCACAGCCGAAACAGUGGCCAUUCGACUACCGAACCCAGCACUCUGUUGUCAGAAGACGCUAACACAAGCAGUCUGUCUGCCCUGGCCGACUCCAGACGGUGAUCGCUUGCCGUCCCGACACCCUGAGAGCAGUCACACGCACGCACAGCGCUUACAAUCUAACCGGAACCCCUCUCCUUACCCCCUUCCAUCCCUACUCCACCGUCCUCAACACGCUGACUCCGUCGUGCAGGCGGCGUGGCAGCAUGGAAUCCGAUUAACCCUGCCCCUGAGACGCAUUUAUCUCCUGUCUACAAUUAGAAUGAUCAUUAGCCAUGUAAAUGUACCGGCCUGAUGAUGAGUUACCGAAAACAUGUUCGCCAACUGACUCUUCAAUCCCUGAUAGUAGUCAAGGCCUGCUAUCAGUCCUCAAAAAUAAAGUCUCAUGCAUUGCUAUCUGCCUCGUUGUCUGUCUUUCGCGUUCAGCUCUUUGUUAGUUCGGUAGUAUUUGGCUCUCUCAACUAUCUCUUCACGAACGCCUGGAGUGACACACUGACGACUAGUGGUAGCCGCGAAACUCCUGUCUGCGUCAUCUCCCUCUACGCUAUUUUUCACGCAGAUGCCUCGCCGCUAUAGUGCAGAAUGUGGUUCUGUAGAUACCAACGUACUCACUUCUUUCGGCAGCGAUCGGGUGAGGGACCCCAAACACACAUGACCAGCCAACGUUUCCUGACUUACGGGAAAUUCGGUAAUAGGUGUUCUUUCUAUCUCUCUCUCUCUCUCUCUCGCCUGCCACCUCCAGGACAAUUUCUCCGAGGCCAUACUCUCCUGGUUUCGUGCCAGCCUCCUGGAUCCCGCCUGGCCUGCUCCGCGCACUUACGCCAUGCGCUUGACUUCAACCCUCCGCCGCAUCGCUGACGAGAUGGCCGGCGUUGGCGCCAGUGCGAAAGCUCGGCGGCGACUGCAGGAGCUCAUCCAGCCGUUGGCUGCUUGCCUGCAAGUCUGUCACAAACAGACAGCAGUGCCCAGUGGCAACAGCGGCGAUGCAGAUGAAGCUCCGAGGGUGCAGAAGGUGCAGAAGACGACCUGCGCAGCUCUCACUCGUCUGCUGGGACCCUUCUUCAAUGAGGGACAGGUGGCUGGUCCCUCAGCUGCUGCGAACACACAGAGACGUCAGAAAGCGCUCUCGGUGUCAGCGGACCUGCUGAAAUGUCAACUUCGACUCUUUAAUGACCUACAGGUUUGUUCCUGUGUACGAUUCAAGUUGAUCGUGUGAUCUCAAACAGUUAGUAGUAAAAGGUUCUUCCAUCACAAUUCGCCGGGGGGUGGGCUAACUCAUGAAAUGUCAACAGAAAUUCUGAAAUGCGUUUUCGUUUCGAAAAGAUAAUUUAAAUGCGGUUGUAAAAUUAGUCGGCCUGCAACAUAAUUCUAUAAUACUUCAGUUACCUACGGAUGCCGGCCUCGGACUGAACUUUCUUCCGGCUGCAUGUAAAAACUACACUCUAGAAAGACUACUUAAGUGACAUGAAUUUUUCUUAUUGAUUUUCGAUGCCCCUAAAUGUCCAAUUAUGUUUCAUGGAAAACAUGCAUAAAAAUAUUCAUUCUUUCGCUCUUUUGGUAGAUAAUUAAGUCUUAUUCCAACCUUAUACCCGAAGGAAGGGUAUAAUUCGGUUUUCAAAAACUUCUCUAAUUCCCGAAUAAUUUUGAGCCCACUCUACCGUUACACUUGUAUUCAGGGUUUCCAAACUACAGGUCGUAUAUUUUCCACGUACGGAAAACCAUACACUUCUCUACGGCACUAAGGGGAGACCAUAUAGGGUUCAAAAAAUUAAGCAGUGGAUUUCAGCCAUAUUGUUAACCUAACAAGCCACAUUAGCAAAUACAGAGACAUGACGUUUUACGAACGACCUGAUGUGAUUUUCUACCGAAUAAGUUAAAGAAUGAAUAUUUUUAUGCAUGAUUUCCAUGAAAUAUAAUUGAAUUUUCAAGGGCAGCGAAAAUCAAUGAGACAAUUGCAUGCUACUUAAGUAGUCAUUUUUGCAGAGUAUAGAUCUUGCCUGCAGCCGAAAAUAAGUUUUUUCGAAAGCCGACACCCUGAGGUAACUGGAUUAUUAUAGAUUUAUGCUGCAUCAUGAUUAGUUUUACAACACUACUUAACUUAUCUUUUCGAAACGAGAACGCAUUUCGAAAUUUUGGUUGACAUCUCAUGAGUUAGCACAUCUACUGUAUGUUUGUUUUAUUACUCCAGCGAGGUACCGAAACAGACAGCGCAAUUUAAAAUUGACUAACUAGGGGAGUUAACAAUAUGGCUCAAAUCCACUGCUAAAUUUUUCGAACCUUAUAUGGUCUCCUCAUAGUGCCGUAGAGAAACGUAUGGUUUUCCGUACGCGGAAAAUAUACGGCCCGUAGUUUCGAAACCCUGUGUCCAAGUGUAACGGUGGAGCGAUUUCAAAAUUAUUCGGUAAUUAGAUAAGUUUUUGAAAAUCAAAUUAUACCCUUCCUUCUGGUAUAAGAUUGGAAGAAGACGUAAUUGUCUACCAAAUGAGCGAACGAAUGAAUAUUUUUAUGCAUGUUUUCCGCGAAAUAUAAUUGGACUUUAGGGGCAUCGAAAAUCAAUGAGAGAAACUUAUGCUACUUAAGCAGUCAUUUUUGCAGACUGAAGUUUUUGCAUGCAGCCGGGAGGAAGUUCUUUCGAAAGCCGCUAUCCUGAGGUAACUGAAGUAUUGUAGAAUUAUAUUGCAGGCUGACUAAUUGUACAACCCUACUUAAGUAGUCUUUUCUAAACGAAAACGCAUUUCAGAAUUUCGGUUGACAUUUCAUGAGUUGGCCCACCUACUGUAUGUAUAUCGUGAAGUGGACUUGCGCAGCCUGUUCCCCUCUUUCCCUGCAUCCACGACGUCGCCACUUUAAGCCAAGUCAGGUAAUUAAUUAAACGUCGGCGCUGUGGCUUGCGAAACUGAAACCACGUCUGAGCGCAACACAUGCGUUCUGACCCUGGACUCCACCACGAAGCACUUACGUGAGAAGUCUCGAUCUCCCAUUUGACUAGGCCGUGCACAUUAUAUUUGGAAAAGACCAUUGUCUUAAGUAGGAUCGAGUAAUACUUCCAGUUGGCCGCCUUCUGUGCCACAGCUAAUGAUAUAUUUCAAAGUCUGUACGGUUGCUAAAACCAGCUGUUUACGCAGAGCUGGGUUGACCUCACUUCACCAUCUGCCCUGUCAAUCCUAUAUCCAAGUCAGGCUCAAGGACUCCUUCAUAAUAUGCCCUAAUGUGCUGUCAUGUAUGGGAGAUCCGAGCGAACCACCCCUUCGCGCGAUAACCGAGCGUGCUUCUCGAGGGCCAGGCCGUGUGUCGCAUGCGCAAACGGGCUGUUUAGCCCUGUCACCCGUUUGUGUCCAAUCCCCGUAUCGGAUGACUAACCGGCUUGAACAGUGUGCUGGCAACUGGGAGAGAGAGUGAGGUAGACUCAGGCGACCGUGUCUCCACGACACUUAGCCCAUAUUCCUGCCUAUAAACAAUCUGAUGCGCUUUUAAACUAUCACAGUACGUCAAAAGCCGUACUUACUUGUACUUGAUACGGCUGCAAUCAUGCCUGAUCUAGCCGGCCUCGAUGAUGUCACGAACUGUACCUCUCCACGCGUGACGAUCCGCGGCAGCAGAUCUGGACAGCUUAAUCCAUUCCCUUCGCCAAGGACGGAGACCGAAGGUCCAAGAACCACCUCCAUGCCUUGAAGAACUGUGUCGACCCAGGUUGUGAACUGACUCCCUCUUCGACGCCUCCACUGGGGCAACGGUGCCGGAUCGAGGGUACCGAGGUAUUUAAAACUGCCUACUUCUGGAAGAUGACAGCCAUCAAUCCCAAGAGGUGCCUUCUCCUGGUCAGGGCUGCAGCUUGAAAACUGGUCUUCCCAGCGUUUAUGGACAAACCGACCGAUUUAGCGACCUCGUUAACCCGUAUUACCAUAGACUGCAGAUCACCAAAACUUGAAGCAAGUAAGGCGACAUCGUCGGCAUAGUCGAGAUCAGUCAGUCGGUGUCCGGGUGCAAACUCAAUGCCGUCACCGUCGUGUAGGGCCCUCCCGAGGACCCGGUCAAAGCAUAGUUGAAGAGAAUGGGCGACAGGAUACAACCCUGUCGAACGCCAGACCGAAUACCGAACGGUUGGGAAAGAUUGUUGCGGACCAGGUCUCUCGCAAUAGUGGAGCGAUGAUAGGCCGUCGUUUGGAAGACUGCCAACUAAUGGCUUCUUAAUAUAGCCUCUUUGGCACCCCCACUCAAUUGGCACCUGAGCUGCCCCUUUGUCGUGUGUGUGGCACGUGCAGAUGAGCAGCCAAUCGUGCACUGCGAAAAUUGGCUCAGAAACCCCCGGCCCAACAUAUUGUUUAGAUAAGGAAUAUUAGUACUGGUGAUUCAUUGUUUGGCAUGAGCUUUGCCACCUGAGAUCUGAUCAUCGGUCUUAAGGGACUCAUGUUCAACGAGGAUGACACUUGUCUCAUAUAAUAACACUGCAUAACUUCAGGCCAGGUUUGAAUUGUUGCUGCUUUGUAUACCAUCGUCUGCAUGAUCUAGCAGUCAUCACUGCUGACCACUAACUUUCAUUUUUUGCAGACUGGAUCCAAUGUUGGCAGUGUAUGUUGCGGUCGAGUCGUCACCAGUCUUCCCUGUGACAGUGAUCUGGUCUUGAAUUUGCUCUGUGUUGAUGCUGAGAGCAGCCUAAUGGUCCUGAGGAUUUACCACAUUGGCAAGGUAAGUGGCCAAUGCGAAGAGAUGUAGUGCUUGUGUCAGUUUUCCGCGGUCUAAUUGGCUCCUUAACAGUACUCUCCAUUUCUCACUGUUUACAGAUGACCUCAUCCAGCAUACAGCACUCAAAAAGCGUCAGUUGCCAUCGCAUACUGUUUAAAAUGAAUGUUGUACGCAAGCCCGUGGUAACCACUAACGACGCCUGUGAUUGA